AUGAAAGCGGAACCCAGUCCCGGUCGUAUCAGUUGUAGUCGCACUCCGAACGGCGCCGUUAUAUUCAUAACCCCUAUCAACUGCCGUCGCACUAUACCGGGUGGAAUCGCCGCUCGCGGAGUAACUGUGCUGCCUGGUCCAGCUCCAGAAGCCCCAGAAGCGCCACCGGCCCCGGGCCUGGUUGGUAGUGGUGUUGAGCUUCGAAUCGGGGGCGUGGGGGAUGGUUCCAGGGGUGACGAGCUGGGCCUUGCUGGGUUGGCAGUUGAAGUGGCUGUGCGAUUGAUGGAAUAUCCAGAUGGCCCUGUGCCUGCAGAUGAGCUGGGACAGCUGCUGACCGUCACCGUUGUAGUAGAGACAGGGCACGCAGCACACAGUCCGCUUGCGAGGGGGCAGAUAUCCGCGCUCGAGGCCGCAGCAGCACGUGAGGAGGAGGAUACCUCGUUUCUUCCCCCGCUGGCAGGAGUCGAGGCGCGACAAGAGCUCGAUACCUUUGUAAUGACUGCCGUGGUAGUGACAUCACGCCCUUCUAAGUCGGCCAAGUCACGAACGGCAAUAAUCCCAUGUGCGCCGACGGGGACAGUCCCCAAGAACACCCAAGAGGCAGCCAACAAGGCCAAACAGCUCUUCGCAUACAUUCCAGGUAUGAUAGAGUGGGGAUCUAUUCAGAAGCGAAUACCAGAAGAAGGAACCCUCGAUCUCUCUUAA